AUGGUUCCUAACACCACCAUUCUUCUUUUUCUUCUAGUGAUCAUCUCAUUUUGGUCUGCAAAAGCAACCCAUUACUAUGAAAUCGAACUAGAGGCAUUAAAAGCCUUCAAGAACUCAAUCACAAAAGACCCAACUGGAAUCCUUCUUGAUUGGAACGACUCCAACAGCCACUACUGCAACUGGACAGGAGUCGCCUGUGAUUCAUCCAACCGCGCUAUCUCCCUUUCCUUCCUCGACAAAAACCUCCAAGGCCGAAUCACUCCUUUCCUCGGAAACCUCUCAGCCCUCCAACUACUCGAUCUCUCCAUCAAUGCUUUCAACGGCUACAUUCCUCCACAACUAUCCCAUUGUUCCCAGCUUCAAGUCAUGAAUCUGUACUCGAAUCUCCUAUCGGGUUCAAUCCCGCCUGAAUUUGGGAAAAUGAACAAUCUCCAGGGGUUGGGUCUGGGAGGAAACUUCUUGAACGGAACCAUCCCGGAGAGUUUUUGUAACUUGACGGAAUUGGUGGAGCUCAGCCUCAUCUCCAGUAAUCUCAGUGGCCCGAUUCCUGACUGCAUUGGUAAUUUAAUCAAUCUUGAGCUCUUUCUAGCUUAUGAAAAUAGUUUGGAAGGUCCUAUUCCUUCUUCCUUUGGGAUGUUCAAGGCUUUGAAGACAAUUGACUUUACCAUGAAUCAUCUAUCUGGAGAAUUACCUCCACAGAUAGGGAACAUGUCGAGCUUGGAAGUUCUUCAACUGUUUUUCAACUCGUUUUCGGGACAAAUCCCACCCGAGUUAGGUAAGUGUACAAAUCUCGUUUUGUUAAACUUAUACUCAAAUGAGUUUACUGGAGGAAUUCCUCCUGAACUUGGAAACUUGACCAAAUUGGAGACUCUCUUGUUGUAUGACAACAAAUUGAAUUCCACAAUUCCGGUUACUUUGUUCCGGGCUAAGUCGAUUACCCACUUAGAACUCUCUAAGAAUGAGCUAAUUGGUGGAAUACCAUCAGAGGUUGGCUUUCUAACUUCGUUGCAAGUUUUGACACUCCAAUUGAAUAGACUCACUGGGGAAAUACCUAUUUCGAUAUCAAACUUGACCAAUCUGACUUACUUUUCGAUAGGAGACAAUUCCAUCACGGGUUCAAUACCCUCCAAUAUAGGUUUACUUUAUAACUUGAGGAACCUUUCCAUUAACAAUAACCUAAUCGAUGGACCUAUUCCAUCAAGCAUCACGAAUUGCACGUCUCUUUUUGAAAUUGGAGUGGCGUACAAUAAGCUGACUAGCAGGAUCCCAAAUGGGCUAGGAAAGAUGUCAAAUCUUAUUUUCUUAUCUUUAGGCGUAAACAACAUGUUCGGGGAAAUUCCAGAUGAUCUCUUCAACUGCUCUAAUCUAAAGAGCCUAGAUUUGAGCAAUAACAAUUUUAGUGGAACAUUGAAACCUGGUAUUGGCAAUCUCUUCAACCUGAAAAGACUGCAACUUCAUUUCAAUUCAUUUAGUGGGCCAAUUCCAUACUCGAUUGGCAACUUGAGCCGAUUGUUUUCUUUAGUUUUCCACCAUAAUAGAUUAUCGGGUACACUUCCUCCUCAACUAUCAAAGCUUUCUGUUCUCCAGGGGAUGCAAUUGAAUGAUAACUUGUUUAAUGGUGGAAUACCAAAGGAGAUUUUUCAGAUGAAAAAUCUGACUGAAAUUAGAAUUCAGAAUAACAAGUUGACGGGUCCCAUUCUACACGAAAUCUCCGAGCUUGAAUGGCUUGCCUACUUGGAUCUCAGUGGCAACAUGUUUAAUGGGACGAUACCAGAACCAUUAGCACGGCUUAGUCGACUACUCGCUUUAGAUCUUUCACACAACAAUCUCGUUGGUUCUAUUCCUGAAUCAAUUAUAUUGGGUAUGACAAACAUGCAGUUAUGCUUGAAUUUGUCGCACAAUUUCUUGGUGGGGAUCAUUCCAGGCAAUCUCGGGCAGCUAGAAAUGGUCAAUUCAAUCGACUUCUCAAAUAACAGACUUUCAGGAAGCAUUCCCAGCACGCUUAAGAGCUGCAAAGGCUUGAAUUCACUCGAUCUAUCUGGGAAUAAUCUGUCUGGCUCAAUUCCUAGUGAUGCCUUUGGCCAGAUCUCAUUGCUCACAAGCUUGAAUCUUUCUAAUAAUCAACUUGACGGACCACUUCCUGAAGAUCUGUCAUAUUUGAAUCAACUCACAUCUGUCGAUCUUUCUAAAAACAAGCUAAAUGGCGUGAUCCCCCAGAGCUAUGCCAAUAUUUCCACACUGAAUCAUCUCAACCUUUCAUAUAAUCAACUUGGGGGACGAGUUCCAGAAGGUGGUAUCUUCAGAAAUAUGACCACAACUGCUAUAAUCGGAAAUUCAGCACUCUGUGGGACUGCAUUUCUCAAACCAUGCAGCAUAAAGAACAACUCAAGUUCUUCCCACAACUUUUCAAAGAAAACAAUAGUGAUCGUCGCGACAGUUGGUUCUCUAAUCACACUCCUCCUCGUUAUAGUAUUGUCAGUUCUCUAUCGGAAUAGUAAUAAGAAAAAACGAGAAGAGGUAGAAAAUGUAAUGCCAGAAUACACUUCUGGAUUGAACCUUACAAGGUUCAAACCAUAUGAGCUAGAGAAAGCCACCAACUCUUUCAGUGAAGAUAAUAUUAUUGGAGCUAGUAGUUUGAGCACUGUCUACAAAGGCACAUUGGAUGAUGGGAAAAUUGUAGCUGUGAAGAAAUUGAAUCUACUUCGGUUCUCCAAAGAAUCUGAUAAGAUCUUCUACAGAGAAACCAAAACACUAAGCCAGUUGAGGCAUAGAAAUUUGGUGAAGGUGCUAGGUUAUGCUUGGGAAAGUGGGAAGCUAAAGGCCCUGGUUCUAGAAUACAUGGAAAAUGGAAAUCUAGACAGAAUCAUACAUGAUCCUCAAGUAAAUGAAUCAAAAUUGACACUGGCUGAGAGAACUGACAUCCUAGUUGCUAUUGCUAAUGGAGUGGUUUAUCUUCAUUCCAGUUACGAUUAUCCCAUAGUUCACUGUGAUCUAAAACCAUCCAACAUUCUAUUAGAUAAAAGUGGGGAAGCCCAUGUAAGCGAUUUUGGGACAUCUCGAAUAUUAGGUGUUUCUUCUGCAUCAUCAGCAUUUGAAGGCACUAUUGGUUACAUGGCUCCAGAGUUGGCAUAUAUGAAGAGUGUGACAACUAAAGUGGAUGUGUUCAGCUUUGGGAUAAUAAUGAUGGAGUUGUUAACAAGAAAGAGACCGACAGAGAUAGAAGAAGAGAAUGGCUUACCGAUCACAUUGACUCAGCUGGUGGAGAGAGCGGUUGAGAGUGGAAUUCAGAGUGUCAUUGGAGUUGCUGAUCCUCGGCUAGCUCUUAGCAAUUCCAUGGAGAUCGAGAUCAUGGAGGAGAUUCUGAAAUUGGCAUUGUAUUGCACACGACAAGAUCCGGAAGAUCGACCUGAUAUGGAUCAAGUGUUAUUGUCCAUUUUGAAGAUGAGCAAGAAAAUAAAAUCAUUUGUAUCAUCAAUCAAAUGAAGGUUAAUUAGGGUUCGCAAAGUAGCUAGAAA